AUGGCAGCAGUGGUAGCAUACCGAAAUAUCUUGCGCGCGGCUCGCGUUGCCUUCCAGGGCGACGCUCCCGUCCUCCUGGCUGCGCAAAGCCAAAUCCGAGGCGAGUUCAGAAGCAAGCAGUCUCUCGAUCCUCAAGAUAGCAGUGUCAGUGAGGGAAUUGCGCACGCCACGCAGGUGGCCACGUUUUUGCGCGAGAAUCUGGUGCAGGGCAAGAAAAUGGAGGGCGAGGAGUCCAAGUACAAACUACGAAUUCACGAACACACAGAACGAGGCGAUAAUGAAAGCAUAAAGACAGCGGUCGCUGGUGUCUCUGGCGGUGGCUGCUGCGGUGGCCCCAAGUGA